AUGGGCACGGCAGCCACAUUACUAGGCUGGGGCGCCUGGACUCUCACUUUCGCAGCAUUAAGCAGUCUCAUUCCUCCUGCCGCCUCAAGGCUGUAUUGGUUGGCUUGGACAUGGCUUGGAACAAAAGUGGUCUGGUGGACCCGGUGGGCGGCUGCGGCAUCCCAGCUGGCCAACUCGCCAACUUGGCCAACAGCUGCCCGAAAUCUCAUGACUUUGCUGCCCCUCCAUGCCUCCACCACCCCUCCACCGCAACCACCGGACCAAUGCAAGCGCGUCGGCUGCGUCACGAGCGCGGCGGCUUUGCCCGCUUCUGUGCGGCAGGCGCCAGACCCACCCCCAACUUUGUCCCCCGUUGGUCGACAGCUGCGGGCCUCGCACAAAGGCGCAACGCCCCCGGUCAUUCAAGCACGACAGGCUGCCAUGCCAAGCAUUCUGAAGAUCUGGGGCACCCUCGUCGCCCCGCCUCGUCUCUUCCCUGCGUCUCGACAGCUGACCGCUCGAGCCUCCUCCGUGGCUAUCCGGCGGACAGACACUCUCUGGCGCGCCGGCACUCCCGUGGUGGGCCCUGGUGGGGGCGUGGAGUGGUCUAAACGUCCAAGUGGAGCAACAAGGUGGGGAGGAAAAGGUCUGAGCGCCGCCUCCCGUCGACACGAGAUCAGAAGCGAACGUCAGUGCGCUGGCCUUGACGAGCUUUACGCCGCAUACACCGAAACAACCUCCCCACACGUGCCACCCCGGCCGCCCCUUGGCUUCCCAUGUGCGCUCCUGAGCAGCCGCCCCCACUGGUCGCUGUGCAUCUGUGCGGAUCGUUGA